CAGUGCUAAGGCGUGGAGGGGGACCGGAGAGGCGGUUGCGCCGGCCGAGGCAGGGCGGGCACCAUGCGGGCGGCGGCGGGCACGGCUUUGCAAGGGCUCUUCGCGGUGUACAAGCCGCCGGGCAUGCACUGGAGGGCGGCCAAGGCGACGGUGGAGAUGCAUCUGAUAAAAGACUUAAACUCCUUAAAGCGUCCCGAACCGCGUCAACAAAUAUGCUUUCAGCCCACCAUGUCUGAAAAGGAGACCGGGAAGGAAUUGACUCUGAUGGUUAGCCAGGUUCCUAUGCUGGCUGACCAUCCUCUGGUUUCAGGACCGGUUUUCACGCAAUUAAAAAUUGGAGUGGGAGAUCUCCUGGAUAUGCAGUCUUCGGGAGUUUUUGUGCUCGGCGUGGGUUAUGGCACUAAGCUGCUCAGAGACUGGCACAACGCACAUUUUACCAAGGCCUACACCGUUAACGGCUUGUUUGGCAAAGCCACCGACGAUUUCUCCGACACGGGCAAACUGAUUGAGAAGAGCACGUUUGAUCACGUAACACGGGAGAAGCUGGAGAGGAUGGUUUCAGUGAUCCAGGGAUCCAAUCACAAGGCGUUACUGCAGUGGGCUAACCUUGACCUGAAAACUCAAGAAUCCUAUGAGCUGGCGGUCAAAGGUCUAAUUCGGCCCAUGGACAAAAGCCCCCCUUUGAUCACGGCAGUGCGAUGCCUCCGUUUUGAACCGCCUGAAUUCCAGCUGGAAAUUCACUGCUUGCACGAGACCCCGCAGUACCUCCGCAAGAUCGUUCACGAAAUAGGGCUGGAGCUGAAGACCACGGCGGUGUGCAGCCAAGUGAGGCGGGUACGGGACGGUGUCUUUGUGCUGGAGGAUGCCCUGCUGAGGACGCAGUGGGACCUCCCGAACAUCCAGCGGGCAAUUUUGCAAGCCAAACAGAAAGUAGAGGCUGAACUUCAGAACAGCCUUGCGCAUCGGAACGCUAGAGCGGAUUGCGAAAGGGACGGAAUUUGCGAGAGUUCUCAGAAUAUUGGGGAAAAGCCAUACGAAACAUCCAGGGAUUCCGAUUUUUAGCUUGGAUCGGAAGAUUCCAAGUUGGCUGGUUCCUCUCUAAAACUAUAUACAACAUGCCAAGGGUAUUGCAAUUUGAAAGACAGACAGACAGACAGACAGACAGAAAGAAAGAAAGAAAGAAAGAAAGAAAGAAAGAAGAGGGAAGGAAGGAGUUGAGAGAAGGGAUGGAAGGAAGAUAGGAAGGAGGGGAAGGAGAAAAAGAAAAAGAAAGAGAGAAAAAGAGGGAGGAAGGAAGGAAGAUGAGAGGAUGGAUGGAUGGAAGAAAGGAAGGAAGGCAGGCAGA